GUUCGUGGAAAUGUACGGCGUGCCGCAAGUGGAACAAGGCCAAUUCAGUUUACUGUCCACAUUGCGGAGCACACUGGGAACAGGUGACGGAGAGUUAUGCAAAGGCAAGGGGCAAGCUGGUGGACAAGGACAGGCCAAGUCGCAGGGCAAAGGUCUGGGCAAACCGGCUGCGGCGAUCAAAGGGGCUCUGCCAGAAGCAGUGAAGCCCACGGUAGAGUCUCUACCGGUGCUGCCGAAAGCAGGGGCGGUGCCCAAUCCGAAGGCACCACAGGGACCCCAAGCACUGCCAUCCACCGAGAAGCAGCAGCUGGAUGCCCUGGUCAAAUGCCUGGGCAACAUAAAGGAGGCGCUCCCAGCAGAAGCGGUGGAAGCGAUCGAGCAGUUGCAGCUACACAAUACCCACGAUACUACAAAGGAGAUGCAUCGUGCGGUAGCGGCCCAGUCAGCUGCCAAGAAGCAACUGAUACAAGUCAAGGCGGCAAGGGCGGCUUAUAUAGCUGCCUGGAACGAGUACAUCAUCCAGGUGUCCGACCUCAUCAAGACUCAAGUGCAGGACCAGGCCACGCAAUUGGAACAUUACGACAAUGCGGAGGCAGCAUGGGCGUCGUCACUCGAGAAGGCGACGGCCGAUUUGUCUCGGAUGGCCACAGGCUCGGCCAUACCGAUUCAGGACGACGGGGAGACGGACAUGGAUGUGGCAGAGGCGCUGGUGGACCACGACAUCGAGACCACCAAGGAGCUCGAGGACCGCCGAAACCAGCAGUUGGCGGAAUCGGCCAAGCUAGUGGAGGCAAUGGCUGCUCUCAAGGAGUCGGCGGCACAGCGACUCGAGCAAGAGUCUUCCGAAGUCAGGGAAGGCUCGAGAACACCGCGACGACAGAAGCAGCCAGCGGUAGACCUUACCAAAGAAGGAGACAAGGGCGACAAGGAAGAGCAGCCAGAUGGUGCUCAGCCAAAGCAGCCGCGACAACAGCAGCAGCCGCCCUCGCUACCGAGGCCCCCUGGUGGGGCCAGUGCGUGA